AUGGUGACCGUCACCGCCAAGGUCACCAAUUGCACCAACGAAGGGACCUGUAUGACCGUCUCUAACAAUGACUGGUACCUCGGCGGGCUGUACUGUCCUCUUGGACGGGACGUCGCGAAGGGUGGCAUCGUCUAUCUUCGGCAGCAUGCAACGCCAGAAGACAUGCGGUACCUUCGCCUGGCGCAGGCAUUGGGCAUCUAUGAGCUUCGCAGCUCGAAGCGGGAUUGCAUUGAAGCCGGCUCCGUCCAACAGGCCCUGAGGCAGUGCUCCACGAAGGAGUUGGCAUUCAUCGAGAUGAAGGAGUCUCUUCGAAGCGCGAGGGCUUAA